GUCCUCAUACGUCGCCGUCGCACGGUGAGAGAACCAGUCGAUGGUUGGGAGCCGGUGAGGCAGGAGCCGUCGUAGGCCAUGGAGGCUGACGCGGGCGGGUCGGACGCCUUCGAUACCAUUGUCAUGGCGGAGACGAGAUUUCAUGGUGAAGGCUAUCAGGAAGGAUAUGCUGAAGGAACACGUGCUGGACUCCUUGAAGGAAGGCAAUAUGGCAUACAACAAGGUGCAAAGAUUGGCUUAGAAAUUGGAUCAUACCUUGGUUUUGCAAUGACAUGGCAGAAAUUGCUUCAUAAAGGCUCUGAUGAGAAAAACAGUAAAAAGAUAAAAGCUCUAGAGUCAUUAAUAGAGAUGAUUCGGACAUUUCCUUGUGAGGAUCCAGCCUAUGACAAACUUCAGGAAGACCUGGAGAAAAUCAGAGGACGGUUUAAACAGGUUCGUUCAUUGCUGCAUAUUCCUUCUAGUGUUAGACUUGGUGCUGAAGGAUCUGCACUUACAUUCUGAAAAGGACCACA